AUGUCUGCAGUUAAGAACGAGUCGGAUUACGAAGAGGACGAGGCGUUCCAGGAAACCGAGCACAAGAGCGACGGGGACUACGAGGAGGAAGAAGAGAAGGAAGAAGAGAAGAAGGAAGAGAAGAAGAAGGAGGUGAAGCCUGUUGAGAAACCUGAGUUGAGCAAGGACCUCAAGGUUGAGGACGAUGAGGACGGCGAAGUUUACUAUGUUGAGGCCCAGCGUACAAGAGGAAGAGGUAGACCGCGUUUGGGGAAAAGGAGAAAGCUCGAGGACGAGGAUCCAAACAAUAAGAUGCGCAACAUUCUCACCGACGAGGACGGGAAUCCUAUCAAGAUCAAGGACGACGAGGUGAUUACGCCUGAGGACAAGAACGGAGAGGCCAAGGUGACCAAGCAGGGUAAUUUGUUGGGGGGACGGCAGUACAAGUGUCGGAUCUUCAAGGUUCCUCAGAGAGGAGAAAAGUACUACAUGAUUGCAACUGAAGCGGCACGGUUGGUUGGAUACAGAGAUUCGUAUUUCUUGUUCCAGAAACAUAGACGGCUGUUCAAGAUCACGCUCGGAGACGCAGAGAAACUGGACCUGAUUGCCAAUGGGGUGUUGCCGAACUCGUUCAAGACAAGAACGAUUUUCCUGGUCACUGCUAGGUCGAUUUUCAAGGAGUUUGGCUCCAAAAUUGUGGUGAACGGAAAACAGGUUGACGACGAUUACUACGAGGAAAAAGCGAUCCAGUCGGGUGCACAACGAGGAGCGCCUGCGGUGAUCACCUUCGACUAUUACAACGACAGCAACGACCAGAAACGGGUGGCCAUGCUUGCUCCCGGGAUCACUGGGUUCGAGCGCGCGUUCGUGCAGGCCAGCAAUCCACACACCACCUGGAUCUACGAUCAAGCAUUGAGUGUGCGGAAAUUCGAUGCCGAGCUCCUGAACGACAGACUCGAGCUGCUCAAGACAAAGUUCACCAGAGACCCGUACACGGGCAUCAGUCAGGUGCCUGACAUUACACAGCCAACCCGUGCUACCGUGCGCAAGCUUUCCAACUCACGCAAGCUCGAGUACGACCUGGUGAUCGACGACACCACCGCCAUCAAGACCGGGCUGAAGGACGUUCCGUUGGAGAUCUUUGACGGCGUUGUUGACGAAGAAACCAAAAACGCCAUUCUUCACCAACAGCAGCUCGAAAGCGUUUAG